GGGCUGACAAACUGAAUUCUCGAGCGAUAUCUCAGACUCAGUGAACGCUCCGCUCCCUCUUUCAUCUCAGGGAGAGGAGCGUGAGGAUAUAGAAAACACUGCAAAGAUGGCAAUGAGCGGCAUCCUCAACGCUGACGACAUCAAGAAAGCUAUGGGUGCAUUUUCAGCUCCUGAAUCCUUCGACCAUAAGAAGUUUUUCGAGAUGGUCGGUCUGAAGGCCAAGUCCUGUGACGAAGUGAAGAAGGUCUUCCUGGUGCUGGACGCCGACAACAGCGGCUUCAUAGAGGAGGAGGAACUCAAAUAUGUUCUGAAGGGUUUUUCCAAAGAUGGCCGCGACCUGACAGACAAAGAAACCAAAGAAUUUUUAAGAGCAGCCGACAAGGACGGAGACGGGAAGAUCGGAGUCGACGAGUUUGCCACCCUGGUGAAGGAAUGAAACUCUACCUGGUGUGACUGACCGGCACUCCAAGAUCACCUCCGAACCACCGCUACAUCCUGACACCUGCUGGCUCCCCCUCUCCUCACCCUGCACCCCCUCCUCACCCCCCU